AUGCGUUUUUUAUAUAUUAGUUUAUUUUUUUAUUCAUGUGUGACAUAUUUCCUAUUAUUUACAAUAUUAAUAAGUAAAGUUUUCGCAAAUAAUGAAAACAAAAACCAGGAAAAUGUGAAGAAAAUUAUAAGCGAAUUACGAUUUUUGCAAAAAGUAGAAGGUAUAUUAGAAAAAAGUAACAUUGGUGUUUCUGAUAUUAAUCCAGAUGAAAAUUCAUAUAACCCAGAUAAAGAUGCACCUAAACAGGAAAUAGAAAAAUUAAAAUUGAACGAUUAUGAGGUACAACCAAAUCAUAGUUUAAGAAAAAACAAAACAUCUGAGAAAGAAAUAGAUAAUCAAAAAAAAGUAUUGCGUUUAAUUGUAAGUGAAAAUCAUUCUACAACUCCUUCAUUUUUUGAAGAAUCUCUUUUACAAGAAGAUGUUAUAUCAUUUAUAGAGAGUAAAGGUAAACUCUCGAAUUUAUCAACUUUAAAAUCUGUAAUAAUAGAUUUAAAUGAUAAUACAACAGAUAGUGAAUUAGAAUCUUAUAUAACUAUGUUAGAAAAGAAAGGAGCCUUAAUUGAAUCGGAUAAAUUAGUAGGUGCUGAUAGUUUUGAUUUAACCUCUUUUAAAGAAGCAAUAAAAAGAGGAGAAGAAAAUAUAAAUUUAAAAGAUUUCGAAACAUUUUUAGAGAUAGAAGAAAAAGAAGAUUACGAUAAAAAAUUUGAACCACUAUAUGUAAAUGGCGACAAAAAAGAAGAAAGAUCAUAUCAUUUUAACGAUGAAUAUAGAAAUUUGCAGUGGGGAUUAGAUUUAUCUCGUUUAGAUGAAACACAAGAAUUACUAAAACAUAAUCAAUUAACUCGAACAAAAAUAUGUGUAGUAGACAGUGGUGUGGAUUAUGAACAUCCAGAUUUAAGAAAGAACAUAGAUAUAAAUUUAAAAGAGUUAAAUGGCAAAGAUGGAGUAGAUGAUGACAAUAAUGGGAUUAUUGAUGAUAUAUAUGGUGCUAAUUUUCUAAAUAACAGUGGAGAUCCAAUGGAUGAUAAUUAUCAUGGCACUCAUGUUGCGGGUAUUCUGUCAGCAGUUGGUAAUAAUAAGAUAGGUGUAGUAGGAAUUGAUAUGAACUCUAAAAUAAUUAUAUGUAAAGCUUUAGAUAAAAACAAAUUGGGAAGAUUAGGUGAUAUGCUUAAAUGUAUUGAUUAUUGUAUAAGAAGAAAUGCAGAUAUUAUAAAUGGAAGUUUUUCCUUUGAUGAGAAUAGUAAUAUAUUUAAUUCUUCUGUUCAGUCUCUCAAAGAAAAAGGAAUUUUAUUUUUUGUAUCUGCUAGUAAUUGUAGUCAUGCUAGAAAUACUGAACCAGAUAUAACUAAAUGUGAUUUAUCUGUGAAUAAAAAAUACCCACCAGUAUUGUCAGUUGUUCACGAUAAUGUAAUCGCUGUAGCGAACUUAAAAAAAAAUUUAUAUAAUAGAUAUUCUAUAUCUUUAAAUUCCUUUUAUAGUGAUAUUUAUUGUCAAGUAGCAGCACCUGGAACUAAUAUUUAUUCUACUACACCUUCUAAUACUUAUAGAAAACUUAAUGGAACAUCAAUGGCUGCCCCUCAUGUGGCUGCUAUUGCUUCACUAAUAUAUUCAAUUAAUCCUAAUUUAUCUUAUAAAAAAGUUAUACAAAUAUUGAAAAAUUCUAUAAUUAAGCUUUCGUCAUUAGAAGACAAAGUAGGCUGGGGAGGAUAUAUUGACAUUUAUAACGCAGUUAAAUUAGCUCUAAAAAGUAAAAUACCCUAUGUAAAUUCUCAAAUAUCUUUUAAAUGGAAAAAAAAAAAAAGAAAACAAAAAGAUUAA